CGUUAAAAGUUUUAAAUCAUGAGGGGCUAUCGUCUUAUUAGGGUUUUAAAGAGGGAUGCUAAAGCUGCGAUGGCGGCGAUAGCACAUCUUGCGAGGGAUGCCGAUGGAGACGAUAGAAAUGCGCGCGUCGAUCCGAGAGAUGUCGAGCAGGUGUUGCUGGCAGCGGCAGAGACGAUCGCGUCGUGCAUGCAAGCAGCGGCCGAAAUAUCGGGGCUUGAAUCGGCUCGAGAUGCUCCAACCAGGGUUUCUCCAGCCUCCAGCCCGCCGGAAUCUCGGAUUAUUUCUUCUUCAGAGGGAAAGAUCGAUUCUUUGGUUCCGAUUAGCCACCGGUCGAGCAAGAAUCGCGACGCUAGCACCGAUUUAUCUCGAUCGGCGGAGCAAGAUGGGCGUUCUUCCAGAAAAGCGGAGGCAAGGAUCAUCCAAACAAGCCGCGAGGGGCAUCCAAGCAAGCGCCUUCGAUCUUCUUCUUCUCCAUCCGGUGUCAGUUGCAACGACGACGCAAAGAAAUCGAAGCACCAGCGAGUGUCAGUGUUUGAGAGGCUCGCGUUUCCACCAGUCCAGGAAGGUAAUGGCGAUUCUUUUCUCGAGCCCGGGGCACUGGAAGGGAUGAUCUUUGGAUGCACAACGGAGACCAAGCGCGAGUGUGAGCGGCGAAAGCUUUUUGGGCUCCCGGCAUCAAAUCAAGCCAACGUUCUACGCGUCGCUCCAGGUACUGUGCUCUUUCUUUUUAAUUACGACACGAAGGAACUCUCGGGAGUGUACGAGGCCGUUUCGCACGGGGCCAUGAACAUCGUCGCCGAUGCUUUCGAGGAAUGGGGAUCGUUUCCAGCACAGGUGGAAGUUCGCCGAGUUCUCAAAUGCCAAGAGCUUCCCUUCAGUCAUUUCAAGCGUGCAAUCCUGGAGAACUUCUUCACUGACAAGAAGUUUCACUAUGAUCUCACGGGCUACCAGGUUCGCUCUACUUACGUUGCCAUUGUUUUGUUGUUCUAUUGUUUUGAAUAGGUGGA